UGGUGAUGCAAGCUCCUCCCCCGCCGAGUUACUAAAGUUUACUUACAUAGUAAAUAAGGCAGAGACAGACACUGUUGCGCAUCAGAUCGCACGAUGUGGGGGAUAUCUGCGCUGGUGGUUGUGGCUGCAUUCUCUGCAGCUGCAGGUUCUGAUGUGAUCCGACACAACCUGUAUGGGGAAGUUGGAGAAUCUGUGGAGAUUCCCGUAGUAGACUUUGAGAAAGAUGGUUGGUGGGAACUGAAAAAACCCAAUGCAGAUCCAGACUGGGUGGUGAGUUACCACGGAGGGUAUGCAUUCCAGUUUCUAUAUGAAUCCCGUGGUCAGAUCAACAAGAGCAACAGAACUUUGCUGCUGAAGAACCUGACCAAGAGUGACAACUGGGAGUACGAGGAAUGGGCCAAUGGAAAACUGCGGUCGAAGAUCAACCUACAGGUCUUAGACCCCCUAUACCCUCCGCUUCUACGGAUCCAAGGUCCAAACUCUAGAGGCUGCCUGGUUCUGCUGGAGUGUGAAGGGAGUGGAGGAAGCGCUGAGACUUUGUCCCUAAUGAAAGAUGGAGUGAAAGUUACAGGAAACAUCACAGUUCUGGGCAAUAUCUCUCUCCUUACUGUCAGUAGCCGGGACCCUCAGUCCUGGGGCCAAUACACAUGUGAGCAGCGCAACCCAUUGAGCAGCAAAUCGUCCAACUCCGUCAUGGUGGAGCACCCAGUAAGUGUCAUGGAAACGGUUUCCUUUUGCAUCGUCAUCGGUGGGCUGGCCUUCUCAAUCUGUGUCAUAGCGUUCCAGAUAUUCUGUAGGACCUUGGUUCCUCUGCUGAAUAUAAAGACACAGACAAGGAUUUCAGCAUUAAUAAAUGGCCUUUCAGAAGUGGAAUUGAUUAUGAGGUUCAUGUCUUCAUUGGGGGCCAUUGUGGUUUCAGCCCUUGGUCACUAUUUGAUUGACCCAGUCCGAGUGGCCAUUGUAGUUAUCUCUGCCACCGUCUUUGCCAUGAGGAUUUACCUCUUCCUGGUCUCAUGUAGGCCCAAACGCCGGUACAAAGACAGGCUGAGCUGUCUCUCUGGAAUCAUCAGAAGGAUAAUGUUCUUCGCUGACUAUAUUCUUCUCCCUGCCUUUUUCCUUACUGAGACCAUUCAGUUCAGCAAUAACUACCCUCAGCCCUGCGGGGACACGUGGCUGCCGUGGCUUCUCUACACGCUGCCCUGGUUCAUUCCUUGUGCCUUACUGGCUUUGGGCGUCUCUCUCUAUCGUAAAAUCAAACCCUGGAAAGAAGUUCCUGAGAGUGGGAAUAAUCCAGCUGAGCAGGACCUGAAGCUGCCUUUAGCCAGUGAUUGUGAGGGAGGCGAGUGCAGGAAGAUGACAGAGAUGGAGACAGAGAUGGAGACAGAGAUGGAGACAGAGAUGGAGACAGGGAUGGAGACAGGGAUGGAUACCGGGAUGGAUAUGGAGAUGAAUAUGGGGGAUACAGGGAUGGAUAUGGAGAUGAAUAUGGGGGCGGAUACAGGGAUGGAAGGAAGGGGUAGUUUUAAUCUAGACAGUUGCCCUUUAAGACUGACAGGUGAGGGGGAUCUGGCUGCAGGGUGACAGUUACUAAGCAGACAAACUGAAGAGGGGAUUUCUCAAUUCUAAAGCAUAUUCUGUAUCUCACAUGAUAUCACUAUGGGCAAAGCGACCUUCCUGAGCAGGAAGUGAGAGCCAGGGAGUAGAACCAGGAGCCUGAGGAAGGACACUGGGGCAGGGAGGGAGAGUCACGUGGGAGAUCCCAGAGGAGCAGCCUAUUGAGGUGCAGUCGGCCUCUGCACGGGGCACUUACCGACAUCUACUUUUUCAUUGGUACCAACCUUAGGAGUCCCCUCUUAGUUGUCUGCACUUUGUAUUUAUUGUGGUUAUGGGAGAAAGUAUGUUAUUAUUCACAGCAUAUUCUUUACAAGCACUGCGUAAUUACUGGCAAUAUACCACAAGCACCAGCCUCUAACAGCCUCAUUGUACCAGUUCAAUACCUGUUACACCCCAUGUAUACAAUAGGGGGCAAUAUAGAAUUAUGGGGUAUUAUAGUGACCUGCAGUAAUGUUAUAUUCUAUAUACUCAUUGUACUUGCUUUUAUCGCUGAAAUGAUUAUUAUUUUGAUAUGAAUUCUGUGCUUUAUUCUAUUUUCUUUGCAUAGGAUUUUCACAUGAUACAGUACUGGGAGCGGGGUAUGUACUUAAGAUUUGUUCUAAAGUAAAUGGCUAUAAGUAGUAUUGUGUAAUGUGUAGGGAUGUUCCUAGAACAUCAGUUAUAUGUAAUAAUAAAUAAAUAUAUAUCGGAAGCAGAA